CUUCUCUCUCCCGAAGAUCUUGGUUAGUCCUAGAAGUGGAAAGAUGCGGCUGAAUCACGUGUCCGUCCUCUCCUGCACCCAUCGCCUCCCCAUCCCCGCCCCUCCCCUCUCAUCUUUCUGCGCCAUCCAGCGUAGAGGCAAGAAGGACCUCUCCAUGGUGCCGCCAUGGUACAGGCACGCCCGCACCAAUCACAAGAUUAAGGCUCCCAAGGUCGACGUCACCGUCACGGCCAAGGCGCUGGGCAGCAUUCACGACGCCGACGCUCUCACAGAGACGCUCGUGGAAGCUGUGCCCUGGCGGAGGGACGACCGGACCUUCCUGGCGGCAGCCGUCAGGAGAAUCGAUGAGUUGCUGCCGUCGUUGAGCCACAGCAAUGCCGUCCAGCUGCUGAUCGGCUUCGGCGCCACGAGGCGGCGCCACGACCCGGUGCUCGCCAAGCUGGUGGGGCGGAUCGACCCAGCGGCUGUGGUGGAUGAGAACGCCGUGGAGCUCGUCAGCGCGACCAAACGGCUCAACCUCGGCAGCGCUGGCUUCGACCUCUGUGACGCCAUCUGCCGCCGCAUUGCGGCUGAGGAUAUCUGGCUGAGCGAGAGUCAGCUGGCGGCGCUGAUGCGGCUGCACGGCAAGACAAAGACCAUCUCGCCGGUGCUGUUCGGCUAUGUGGUGUCGCGUUGCCGGGAUCGCUUUGACUUUUUCACCGAGGACGAGAUCGGCGACCUGUGCCGUGCCUUCCGCGACAUCAGAUACCGCGACGACGCCUUCUUCAAAGUGCUCCAUGAGCACCUGCCCUACCGCCUACACGAGUACAGGUGCGUUACGACACAUACAUCAGCUCAGCUGACCAUUCGACAUGAUGGAUGGAUGGAUGUCGGCCCUCCCUGCUGCACAGGUACUGGAAUCUGAUAGACAUAGCCGAGUGCUACCAGAAGCUGGAUGUGCAAGACCGGGAGAUCAUCACGCGUGUCGGUGUGGAGGCGUGGAAGCUCAUCUUUACCCUCAAGAAGACCUACCCCGUCAAGGCCCUCACCGUGCUCAGCUUCCUCGACGCCAUGGAGCCGGGCGUCUUCAGGGGCAUCCUGCGGACGCUAUUCGGCAGCCUGCGGUAUCGCAUCCCCACCGACCUGGUCGCAGAAAGUAUCGUCGCCUGCCAGAGAUGCGGAUACACAAGUGGGUGGGUGGGUGGGUCAUCAGAAGUGGGAUGGAUGGAUGACCAGAUAGCUCUGUUUGUUGUGAUGCGAUGCAUGUGAUGUGUUCCUUCUCUGUCUCGCUGUGUGUGUAUGUUGCAGAGCGCAAUUUGUACCACCGUCUGAGUGUGUGGCUGCAGCAGCGUGUGCGGGAGAUCUCCCGUCCCCUUCUGGUGACCGAGGUGGUGGCCGCCCUGGCCAAGGUGCCAUGCACCGAACCGGCCCUCUUCCGUGCCAUUGGGCGGGAGGUGCAGCGCAACCCACAGCUCUACCACUUCGAACACCUUGUCUCCAUCGCACGGUGAGUGAGUGCAACACACACACGUAUGGCCCACAACAAUGUGUGUGUAUGUCAAUCUGUCCGCUUUUUCCUCAGUGACUUUGUGUAUCUGGGGUAUUCCCUGGAGCCGUUUCUGCAAGAGCUCUGCACCGCUCUUCGGCUGCCGGAGGUGCCGACAUCCUCUCCAUCCGCUUUGGCGUGUGUGCCCUUCGUGUUGGGUCACUGGUCGCCGCCCCCGUCGAUGCUGCCCGGCGGGACCCACCCCUACAGGGACCUGCUGGCGCUGACUCUGGAGCUGCUGGCUGCACCCAACACUUAUACGCUGCGGCGUGACCUCUAUGAUGGCAAGGAUGACGUCUGGGCAGAGGGGGAGGACAGGAGGAUCAGGGAUGUCCAUUUCAUGCCCGGCGGAAAGGUGGGCUGGGUGCCGCACACACACACACAGGGGCGUGGGUAGGUAGCCCGCCUUCAUCUGCUCUUUGUGUCUGUCUCCCUGUGCUUGUUUGCAUCAGUAUGAGAUCCUGACCGACACCAGCACGUCCGACGAUGCCUCCUACCCCUCCGACUCGUUCCCGCACCAGUCGGACCUGCCCCCUGCCUCCUCCCUCCCACCAUCUCCAGCCACACACGUCCGUGUCGCCCGCAUCCGCGCCAAAACAGCCAGCAAGCUUGAGGACUCCCUGCCCCCCUCCCAAUACGGCAGGCGAGGUCGCCGGUCAUCAUCCCGGCGGCAGCAGCUGGAGGCGGUUGCGACGGUGGCCUCAGAGGUGGCCAAGGAUAAAGAGGGCGGCACCGGUGUGGCCAAUCGGCUGGCGUGGAGCUGGGACGUGUUUGGCAUGCGCGAGCCUGGUGCAGCUGAGACGCGGUUCCCCUUCACGGCUCAGAACAUCCUUAGGCUGCUCAGGGGGGAGCGGAGGCAAGAAGGAACGAGCGAGGAGCCGUCCGACGCUCCAGCAACGAGGGAAGAGCCCGUCACGCCACCACCAGCCGUCGCGGAGGCCACAACGGCCGCAUCUGAGGCCCCCGCCGAGCCCACCCCGCCCUCUCCCGAAUCAUCAUCCAGCAGCACCAGCAGCAGCGGCGCCACUGUCGAUGUGCAGGUGGUGGAGGUGAUCAAGCGGCCGGCGCUUGAGUUCGUCAAUGUAGAGGAGAUCACGCUCAUCAUGCGGGGCCUCGACCGGCUCCGUGUUCGCCAUGACGGGCUGCUGGAGCGGGUGACGGCCUGGCUGGGCCAGAGGUGGGAGGAGGUGGAGGCCUGCCACCUGACCGGCCUGCUGCACGCCUUUGGCAACCUGGGCUACUCGAGCACGGCCCUGCGGACCGUCAUGGAUCUGCUCGUCAAGAAGGUGAGAAUAUCAACCAGACAAACACAGCUAAUGGGUGGAGGGAGGAUGACGGUAUCUGUUUUGUCUGUCUUAUCGGCUUUCACUGUCAGCAUGCGUCAUCGCUUGCUGACAGCGAGGUGGCGGCGGCUGUGUGGGCGGCGUACACAUUCGGGAUGCGUGUGGACGACGAGCCAUUCCAGCUGUUGCUGAGGCGAUUCAGGGGCCUCGCUGUGCCGCUGGAACCGGAGCAUCACCACCUCAUGCAGGUGAGUGAGGAGAAAUCGAUCUGGACACACCAAACACACACCCACGCCAUUGGCAUCUGUGUGUGUGUGUGUGUAUCAGGUGUUGUCUGUCGCUCUGCGUCAAGACGCGAUGGAGAACAUGACAUCCCGGUUCCCCGAUGCCGCCUACGACUUCUGCCGCUGGGUCGACGAGCACCUGCCCGGGGCUCCCCAGCUGCCCCCCUUGCCGCAGGGCCGGGCGCUCUUCCUCGACAGUGUGGGUGCCUUCCUGGACAACAUCCAGGUGCCGCACUCCCUGCAGUACCGGUACUUCCCCUUUGUCAUCGACGUGGCCAUCCCCGACACCACCACCGCAUACACCUCAUCCCUCAUCGGCCUGCCGCCAGAGGGACUCAGCCAGCACAACUGGAUGAUCCCUGACAGGCCCGAUACGCUCCCCGCGGCCUCGAAGGCGCCGCAGCAGCAUUCGGCUUCCAGUGACCAUCACGGCGGCCACGAGCCGGCUGGAGGGGAGGGAGGCAACGGUGAUGGCUCGUCAGGUGGUGGCGGCGGUGUGCCGCUGCCGGCCUUCCCGAACAUGCUGCCCGUGCUGGCGACCAACGGCCCCGGGGCGCUGCGGCACAUCAUGAAUCUGGCGAGCAAGGGCAAUCAGCAGCUCAACUUCAACGGGCCGCAGGGCGACAUGAACGGCGGCAUGAGGAACGGGGGAUUCGACGGUACGCACUCAGCAAGAGGGCAGGCACAAAGGGGGUGGGCUGAGCUGACCCCCUGCAAUGUUUGUGGCCAGGUGGUUCGGCGACGAUGAUGGCUGGCGGCCCCACGGCGUUCGGCAGCCGUCAGGGGACGGCUCUGUUCCUGAUUGACACCCCCGACAGCAUCUACGUCAGGCCAGCAGAGGAGUGGAACCACGCCAACGCCGCCAGCGGCACCACACACCCUCACCAGAUGACGGCAUACGAACGUAUCAGGUCAGUGCAGUGCGGGGAUCAUCCAUCCGUCCAUCCAUCCGGGCAGGCACAAAGCGAGCAAUGGCGCGGGUGCUGUGUGUGUGAUGCUUUGGUUUCAGGGAGGGUGUGCUGCAUCGUCUUGGCUGGCGCGUGGCCUAUUUCCCCAAUAACUCCCUCGACAUGGGCGGUCACACCUGAUGUGAGCGGCUGACUGGCUGAGUGAUCAGGCUAGCUAGAGCAGGCAGAGAGUGAGAGAUGUCGCUUUGACACGCGUUUUUCGUCGUCGACGAUUUAUGCAUACAUACAAGUGCGUUGGCGCCGUGCCCUGUCUACUCUACAUAUCAGUUGUGUUUCCUCCUCAUCAGUACAUUCUCCGGUUUCAUAGCAGCCAAUCCAUGCACUUGCAUGCACUUGUGUUGGCUGCCAUGAUGCUGGGCGCGAUGAGCGUGAAGAAGACACGCAACGAGGUGGCGCGGCAGGGUGUACUGCCACAUGG